CCUGUAUGAGCAGGCUAGGAUACAUAGUGGCUGCAUUGUUGGACCUCACAUUUCCAGGGUUGCUAGUUAAUUCCCAGCAGUCAGGGUGCAUCACACUGGGCUACUUCCUGGGGGGCACAGUACCAGAGUAAUUAUGGCAGACCCGGAGUCCGAAGGCACCAUAGACUGGGAGGAGAGAUGUAUUACUCUGGAAGCACAGCUGAUGAAGUUUCGCAUCCAAGCUAAUAGAAUCCGGGAAUUACUCGCAGAAAAGAUGCAGCAGCUGGAGCGACAAGUCAUUGAUGCAAACAGGCGCGCGGAGCAGGCGUACGAACAGGUUCAAGUCAUGGAUGAGAAACUAAAAGCCGCAAAUAUCCAAACUAGCGAGGCCGAGACGAGAUGGUAUAAGAAGAGCCAAGAGCUGGAAGUUCUGGUACAAGAGAAAGAUGACAUUAUUCAAUGCUUGGAGCAGGAACUUGAGGAACAGAGGCAAAUACGGAUACAAGAAGCAAAGAUGAUAGAGGACAAAGCAGCAAAAAUUAAAGACUGGGUGACUGGGAAAUUGAGAGAGUUGGAGAUAGAGAAUCAAAAUCUCAGACUGAUCAACAAAGGUUACAAUGAGGAGAUCAUUGUUCUGCGCUCUAGAGUUCAAGCUAAUAACAGUAAGAAAUCAUCAGUUAGUCCCACACAGAAGCCUGGAGAUGGGCAGCGACUCAGCGGACUGACAUUUGGAUGCUUUCAAAACAGAGCAAAAAGCCCGCAACUGAGCCCAAAAAGGGACGGCAAUGGCAAGUCCCCAAACGAGUCCCCAGAUUGUGAUGAUGAACAGAAUGUAAAGGAUAAGACGUCUGCAAGUUAUCUUCAAGACAACGUUGCGGUGCAGGCAUCUUUACUACAAAAUAUCAAUUAUCUAGAAAGACCUAACAAGCGGAGGAUCGGAACAGAUAUGCCAAGCAUCACUGUCAGUGAUUGGAGCUCUGAUGAGGAAGUAAAGAAAUCUCAGGCUAAUGUUAGGUGUGCAUCUUCACUAUCGAGUCAGACCUCUGAAGAAGGUAACAGGAACAGCAGGUUAGGGAGUGAAAUGUAUUUAACGGCUUCGGAAGAGAGCAGCUCUGCUUGUGAAGAUGAAAGUUCAGGAAUACAAGGCACUGAUACAAAAGGAAUGUAUUCUUUAAAGAAAAGUUCUCCUAAAGGUCCUCAUAGCAACUUUGAUGGCAAAAGAUAUUUUCCAUUUUCAAAUCCGAAAUCAAAACUAGACAAUUCUUCUUAUAAUCAAAAAUGUAAAUUUCAAGAUUUAGACCAUUGCUUCUGCCCUAAUGAAACCAGCACCCCAGGUGUCGCGGGCCCUCUCAGUGUUGAUUUAAAGGUCCCAAAAACUCCAGAAAGUCCAUGUGCAACGGCAAGAGAUUUGGCAUCCAACCUCCCAUCUCCUAAACAACGCACUCCCAAUAUCUUAAGUAUAAGUGUAGCGUUGGCCAAGAAGCACCUAAGUCAACCUCAGAUGAGCUCAGAUAGAAUGUUUGGUCUAAACAGGAAUGCUAUAAGCAUGGUAAAACCGUACAGACCUCAGGAGACCGACAUAGACUUGAUUGAUGAGCAGAGUGUUAACAUAUUCCAGAAGAUGGACACCGGGUUCGAUGAAGGAUCGUUUUCAUAUGAUAUUAAAGAUAACCAGAGUACAAGUUAUUCCAUGGUUAAUACAUCUGAGAAGUUUACAUCUGGCAAACCACCAACUCCACCUCUGCAUCGGUUUCCAUCAUGGGAAAAUCGCAUAUACGCCAUCGCCAAAUCAGGCAUAAGAAUGUCAGAAGUCACUGAAGAUUCCAUCAAUAAAAUGGGGAACACUGUGACUUCAUCCUCAACAUCGGGGAUCUACACAUCACUCAUCUACAAAAAUAUGACCACCCCCGUGUACACCACUUUGAAAGGGAAAGCAACUCAAAUAAGUACCAGUCCUUUGGAGGAUUCCUCUGGAUCAGAGGAGGAGGACAGUUCUAGAUCAAGUUCUCGGACUUCAGAAUCAGACUGCCGGAAUCAGAGUGAAGCUGGAAGUCCUCGAGCUUUGAAAAGAGGAAUCUCAUUUUCUUCCAUGACAUCCGACAGCGAUUAUGCUAUUCCUCCUGAUGCAUACUCAAUAGACAGCGAGUUCUCCGAACCAGAACAGAAGCUUCCAAAAACCUGUUCCUCAUCAACCGACAAUGGCAAAAAUGAAAUGCUCGAAAAAUCUGGUUACUUGCUAAAAAUGGGAGGCAAAAUCAAAACCUGGAAGAGGCGAUGGUUUGUACUUAAAGCGGGUGAAUUGCUCUACUAUAAAUCACCGAGUGAUGUAAUACGAAAACCUCAAGGGCAGAUUGAAUUAAAUUCCUCCAGCCAUAUCGUGAAGGGUGAUGGAAAGCAAACAGUCCAGUUAGUUACCGAGAAGCGUACCUAUUACCUGACAGCAGAUUCACCUAAUAUCCUGGAUGAAUGGGUGAGAGUUUUGCAGAACGUGCUACGGGUGCAAGCAGCCAGCGUUCUGUUUACUCAACCAGAUGUUAAACCAACGGUGAAGGGAUUACUGACCAAGGUUAAACAUGGUUAUUCCAAGAGAGUUUGGUGCAGUUUGAUUGGGAAAACGUUGUACUAUUUCCGAAGCCAGGAAGAGAAGUUUCCUCUAGGACAAGUCAAGUUGUGGGAAUCCAAAGUGGAAGAAGUAGAUAGGUCUUGUGAUUCAGACGAGGACUAUGAGACCAAUGGUCGAUGUCUCUUAUCAACCCAUCAUACCAUAGUUAUACAUCCUAGAGAGCAAGACCCCACCUAUCUUCUCAUUGGAUCCAAACACGAGAAGGAAACCUGGCAUUAUCACUUGACCAUGGCUGCAGGAAUUACUGGAGUAAAUGUUGGCACUGAAUUUGAGCAACUUGUCUGCAAACUGCUGAAUUUGGAUGGAGAGUCUUGUUCUCAUAUUUGGAGACACCCCGUUCUGUGUCAUAGCAAAGAAACAAUAUUAUCUGCUCUCACCACUCUGCCGUCAGAAGCUUUACAAACAGAAGCCAUUAAACUGUUUAAGACCUGCCAGUUAUUUCUGAAUGCUGUGAUUGAUUCCCCUGCUAUUGAUUAUCACGUCUCCUUGGCACAGAGCGCGCUGCAGGUGUGCCUCACCCACCCUGAACUUCAAAAUGAGAUCUACUGUCAGCUUAUUAAACAGACAAGACAUCGGCAUCCUCAAAACCAACCGAGCCCCAUCCAGGGAUGGCAGCUUUUGGCACUCUGCAUGGGACAUUUCCUUCCUCAGCAUCCUUACAUUUGGCUCCUGAAGCUAUUUUUGAAGAAGAAUACAGAUAUCAGGACCGAGGCUGGAAAAUAUGCUAUUUAUUGUCAGCGAUGUUUGGACAGGACACAGCAGAAUGGGGACCGUGAAGCCAAACCGUCUAGAAUGGAAAUUCUUUCAAUCCUUCUGAGGAACCCUUACCAUCACUCUCUGCCAUUCAGCAUCCCCGUACAUUUCUUGAAUGGCACAUACCAGGUUGUUGGAUUUGAUGCAUCGACAACAGUUGAAGAAUUUCUUUGUACCCUGAACCAAGACAUCGGGAUGAGAAAACCAGCACAAUCGGGAUUUGCUCUGUUUUCGGAUGAUCCUUCUGGAAAGGAUUUUGAACACUGCCUGCAAGGGAAUAUAAAAGUAUGUGAUAUUAUUUCAAAGUGGGAGCAGGCAUCAAAGGAGCAACACCCUGGAAAAUUUGAUGGCACACGAACUGUUCGGCUCACUUACAAGAAUAGAUUAAGUUUUUCGAUGCAGGUGCGAGGGGAAACAGAGCGAGAAAAGCUACUUUUAGUUCACCAGACAAAUGAUAAAAUCGUUAAUGGCAUGUUUCCAGUAAAUAAGGAAUUGGCAGUGGAACUGGCUGCUCUGCUUGCCCAGGUAGAAAUUGGAGAUUUUGAGAGACCAUCCCAGGCUGCAGCAGGUCAACUAAAGUCCAAUCAGACCAUAAAGCAAGCCCUGGAGCGGUUUUACCCAAAAAGAUACAGGACUGACUGCUCAGAGGAGCAGCUGAGACAGCUUCACCAGCAACUGGCCGCGAGGUGGGUGGCCCUUAGAGGUCACAGUGGCACAGACUGUGUCCGAAUUUACCUCACAGUGGCAAGAAAAUGGGCCUUCUUUGGAGCUACACUGUUUGCAGCAAAGCCUGUGCCUCCAAUGCCAUUCGAAGGCUCCGUUGUGUGGCUUGCUGUGCACGAAGAUGGAAUCAGUGUCCUGGAAUACCACACUAUGAGGCUCCUAUUCACGUACAUACACAGGAGUCUAAUGACGUUUGGAGGUCACCGAGAUGAGUUUAUGCUGGUAGUUAACAACACUCACACAAAGGAGAAAGCCACUGAAAAACUCCUGUUUGCUAUGGCUAAACCAAAGAUAUUGGAAGUAACUUUGUUGAUCGCUAGUUAUAUCAAUACAUUACAACAGCAAAAAGUGUCUGCCCAUCACCUAUCUGCCCCUGCACUUCUCUCCGCCCAAGUGGAGGAAUCGAAAAACAAGCAAAUAGACAACCACUCUCACUUGUCAAAUAGGCCAACUAAAGGGCCAACUUUGCUUUAAAGACACAGAACGGAACCUUGUUACAUAGAGAAACUGCUUUAAAUAAUGAUCAUACAACUCUGUACUGUCUCGUCCUAGAAUCAUAUUCAAAUAAAUCAUUGCUUGGUUUAUAGGGCUUUAUCUGGAGUGUGUCAGGCAACAUUACUUGCAGGGUAAUUCAAUAAAGUGAAAAAUCCAAGUGAAUUGAAAUUUUAAGGUCAAAAUAGCCAAAUUGGAAAAAAAAUCUCUGUCAGUUCUGCUCCUGUGGCCUUUCUUUUGAAAUUCUCUUUGAAUUCUCUCUUUAGUGAAAAACCCUGUUUGUAUUUCUGUUCAAGUUGGAUUGUACAGAUAGGGGUUGAUUUACUA